AUGCGUAGGAGAAACGCUUUCGUGCGCUCCGUAGGUAUGCUAGCUAGGAAAUUUAGGGCUCUGCAAGAGGUGUGGAUUUUGCCGUGGUGGGGGAGUGGGGGAUUGGCUUCAGCACCACUGUAUGCUCUGGACACGGUAGUUCUAGUGGUCAAAUUGUGUUCGGCUUGCGUCGUAGCUUUGCUAAAGGUGUUAAUACCGCCAGCUCUGAAGAGUUUGCAUGGAGAAACUGUACUGAUAACAGGCGCGGGCCACGGGUUAGGACGGGAGCUGGCGAUGCAGUUUGCAGAGCUGGGAGCGACCGUGGUGUGCUGGGACAGCGACGCGCGCAGCAACAAUGCUAUCGUCGAAGAGAUCCGGAACAAGGAUGGAGAUUGUUUCGGCUACACAGUAGACGUGACAGUCCGGGAGCAGGUGAUGGGUCUGGCUGCCCUGAUGAGGCGCCAGCUCACUGACAUCACGAUGAUCGUGAGCAACGCCGGGGCGUUCACUUGUGCACCACUAACCCAUCUCAAGCCAGAAGCCGUAGCUAAGCUGAUUGAAAUCAAUCUUCUUGCGCAUUUUUGGAUAAUCCAAGCAUUUCUGCCGAGUAUGAUAGAGAGGCGGCGAGGUCACAUUGUUGCGAUCAACUCUAGUGCUGGUCUUAUGCCGUGUGCAGAUAUGGUACCUUACUGUGCAGCGAAAUUUGGACUUCGAGGUCUAAUGGAAUCGAUAACCGAAGAGCUGCGACUGGAUACUUGGACGAAGAACAUCAACAUUACCACGGUGUAUCUUGCAACAGUGUCCACAGGCCUGUACCCCACCCCGACACAUCGCUUCAUGUCAUUGUACUCCGAGAUCACAGCGAAAGAUGCUGCAACUAUUAUCAUUGAAGGGGUCCGCAAAAACGCAAAGUGCAUCAGUAUACCUUCGUUCAUGACGACUCUUAUCGACUUGAACAACCUAAUGCCGUACAGAAUAAGGAUCAUUUUCACAGACUUCUUCAACUUCGGCCAUAGGGGCUGGUUUUGUUUUUGUUAA